GUUUGUUUGGACAGUUCUCCUCUUUCCUCAGUGUGGCUACCGCCAACCACUGUGACGCAGCAGGCAGCAGGCAGCAGGCAGCAGGCAGCAAACACACUCCUGACAGGAGGCUCUUCUGCUUCGCGUUUCUGAUCUUCAUCGACUCCAAUCUGACCAUGACGACACGACGAACCCGGCUGGGAGGUGAAGCAACUGACUUCACUGCAGAACACUUGGACCUCGUUUGUUUGAAAGCAAAGGGAAUAGGAAACAGUUAUCUUUGCAAAGAAAAUAUCCCACGGUACCCUCAUCCUGAGUUCCGCGUGUGUGAUUUGAAGCAUGAGACUGAUCCAAGAGGCUUGAAAGGAAUCUACAGAGACAGCGGCUUCAGAGGUUCAAGGGACGAGGGUCUGGUGUGGUUUAAUCUGGCUGUGGGUCCCAAGAAGAUCAGAGCUGCUGAGAAGAGGCUGCUGAAAAAAACCUUCUCAAUGUUGGCCCCCAAUAACUUCCUGUGGAAGUUCGCCACGUCUCCAGCCUUCUCUGAGACGUCCAUGUACGGCUCGUUCCGCUUCACCCUCCCCCUGCAGGAGGUCCUGGACGCCUACAGCCAGCAGUUUUGCCCUGGAGAUCGACCUGUCAUGCGGGUGUUCAGGACCUCCGUGUUCAAGCAGGAAGUGCAAUACGUUGUGUUGGUUCAUCGACCAAAGGAUAUCAAGCGCUUCUCCAAAUAUCCUCUGCUGGAAGACCAGCGGGAAGACGCCGUCUGCACAUACAGAGGUGGACACUUCAUCUGGAGGCCUGAGGCCAUGUGUGGGACGCACCGUUAUGAGAUGGACGUCGGUUCAAACUGGAUUAAUGCGGUCCCUGUCAAGGGCAGGUGGGAGUAUUACGUCUGGGAUGAAGUUUCCAUCGCCCUGCAUUUGGAGCCUGGAGAGGUGCUGAGACUCAGUGAGGACCAGCUGAGGAAACACCUCACCUACUGCGACAAGUUUGAUGCUCCGUUCAUGGAUUUCAGGGAAGAUCAUUUCCUGGAGUUUGAUGAGGCUCAACUCUUGGUUGAAGAACUGUGGCCUUCUGCCGGACGGAACAAGCACACUGCAUCAUAGGUUUACUCUCAGGUUCUGUCAUUACAUCUUUUUUUUCAGUUACAACUUUAAAAUAAGUUUAGUUGGAUGUUUUCUCUGUUGUUGUUGACGGAAAAAACAAGUUAAAAUAACUGUGUGUUCUGAGAAAAAUCUGUUAUAACAAAGUGAACAUUCAUGAAGACAUGUAAUUGUCUCAUUGUCUCAGAGCAUGUUCGAAUGGGCUGAGAGACGAGGAUCAGGCUCCAGUCUGGACUCUGCUCAGCAGCCUGGACAGAGCAGAUUCAACUUGAGAGAAAAACUCUAUCUUCAAUGCUGUAAAGCCAGUUAAUGUAAAUUCAAACAAUAUCAGGAAGUGGUCUGACAGCAGAGGACUGUGGAGAAUCAGUGUCUUUACCUUCAUCAAGGGUGUAAUUAAAAUGAGAGGGUUUAUUUUCCUUCUGUGGAAAACCAGUCAUGUCACAAUAUGAGUUUUGAGGCUGUCAGCAUCAACAUGAAUGUUUAAGUCACCCAGGAAAAUGACUUUAUCUGAGGAAAGGUUUAGAUAAGGGUGGCUUCUGGGUUUUUCAGUUCUAUCUGGUCAGGCAGGCUUUUAUUUUGCUUGGUGACCUUUUAAAAACACACAACACCAUCUUCUUUUCACUCAGAAUAAAAUAUGUAAUUCUU